AUGGAGUACGAGGAGAUUCAGGAAAAUGAGGUGGAGGCACUAAAAGCAAUCUAUAUGGAUGAUUUUGAAGAGUACAAGUCGAGUGAGAUCUGGAGCAAGCGGGCGAGCCCGCACUUUCGAAUCAAGCUGCGCCCGAGCAGCGAGUUCAAGGACACGCCUAUCUCGCUAGAAAUUGUCGUUCAACUGACAAAAACGUAUCCACGGUCUCUGCCGAUGAUCAAGAUUGACAAGUCGAAUGCAAUACACCAUAAGCAGCUGGAAUUGCUGCGAAAAUCGAUACAGUCCACUGCGGAAUCUCUGAAGGGCAACGAGAUGAUUUUCGAAAUCACCUCGAACUUGCAGCAGCAGUUAGAUGAAUUCGCUAGAAUUGCAACCGUCACACCUAGUCUGGAAGAAGCACGGGUAGAACGUUUGCGGCUAGCGGAAGAAAAGGCAAUGGAGGAGAAGGAACGCAAGAAAAAGGAGCAAGAGGCUAAGAUACAGGAACAGCAACAGCAACUUGAAAAGCUUGUUCUGGAAGAGCUCCAGGACGAAAACGAAGAAACACAUGACUACGAUGACUCCAAUAUCUGUUUUGUACCAGAAGAUGAAGGAAUUGUCACUUUUGAUCGGCCCAUCUCGUGUCGUCGGCCAAAUGGCACAAUGGUUCGGUUUCAACAAGUUUCGCGUGCUGCAGUAACUCCGGUAAACUUUUUCGGCACUUCCUAUUUGGUGAAACCCAUUGUUCAUCAGGCACACGAAGACGACCUGCUGCUGGUCCUUACUCAAGUCUCUAUUUCGGAACCGUAUUGGAACACUUCUGCUGGCCGGAAACAGUUGCAGGAUCUCGAGGGGGAACUCGAAACCCUUCGCGACUUGAAGCAUCCGAAUAUUGUUGCUCUCUACGAAUACAAAAUUGCCAAAGAUGAAGAUAGUGGCUGGCAAAUAUCUCUUCUUACCCAGCACUGCAACAUGGGCACCUUGGGGGACCUCCUGGAUACAGUAGAUAGCCUGAGCAUCAAGGUUGCUCGUAACUGGUCAAUCCAGAUUUUGGAUGCCUUGGAAAGUAUCCACAAAGUCGGAAUUGUUCACAAGGCUCUAACGGUUGACACAGUGUUUGUCAACAAAAGUCGUGAGACCGGUGAGUCCUCCGUGUUCUUGUCUCACACUUCGUACAUGUACCGGUUUAUGCAAUUGGACUCUGAGCAUCCAUUUAUGCCCCCUCUCAAAAGAACUGCUGGUCAGGGUACCUUUUCGGAGACAAUGGCUACAAAAUGGCUGCCCCCCGAGGCCACUGCUUCGCGGGUUACUCCAACCCGCAAGACAGAUAUGUGGCAGUUUGGAAUUGUUUUACUACAAAUGCUCUGUGGGCGUGCGGCAACCAGAAGUCUUUGUGAUCCAUUGACCUACGUCAAGUCUCAAAACUUUCCACAAAGCCUCCUAUCGUUUUUGAAGCAUGUCCUUGAGCCGUCACCCAAUAAACGUUCUUCCGCAUUCGAUAUGUUGACGAGCUCAUUUCUACGUUCCGAUUACGAGCUAGAAACAUCUGAGGAGCCUCGUCAUACUUCUGUAUCACGACCGCGUAGCUUGACAAAUGAUCGGUUACCAGGUUAUUCGCGUUACACCCACGAUUUUGACGAGGGAAGUGUUCUUGGAAAGGGUGGAUUUGGACAGGUGGUCAAGGCUCGUAACAAACUUGACGGGCGCGUCUAUGCUAUCAAGAAGAUUCAAGCAACUUCUUCAACACUAUCUCAUAUUCUACAAGAGGUGGUUUUGCUCAGUCGUUUGAAUCAUCAAUAUGUUGUGCGUUACUUUACGGUUUGGCUCGAAGAUGCAGUUGAGAUUGUGGACGAUAGCACCAUCACUGAAUCAAGCAUAGCACAGACAGACACAAUCGCCGAACCAACAAACCCUAGUGAAGAAGAUAGGUCUCUAACACCGAGCAAUCUUUCUUCGAUCCAUUUCGGUCACUCCAUGUCCGAACUUGACCUUAUCAGUGCCUCUGGUGAUUUUAUGUCCAGCUCCAACAACCUGUUCCAGUUUGGAUAUAGCGAUGACGAUGAAGAGAAUGAUGUUGGUCAAACCAGCCUUCUCAACAAUAGUGCUGUCACAUCGAGCGAGGAAGAAACGCUUGAUGAUACUGCUCAGAACCUGCGUUUUGCUUCAAGAGUAUCACCGCCUGUCGGCAAGAGCACCCUCUAUAUUCAGAUGGAGUAUUGUGAGAACCAUACCCUAGCAGAUCUGAUUCUUGAUGGCCUUUACAGACACCAAGAAGAGUACUGGCGUCUGAUGAGGCAGCUUUUGGACGCCCUCUCUUAUAUUCAUCGUGAGGGUAUUAUCCAUCGAGACCUGAAGCCAAAAAAUAUUUUCAUUGAUGAGGCUCGAAACAUUAAAAUUGGUGACUUUGGCCUGGCCCGAAGUGUUGUACAAAAUUCUGCACAGCCAAAGCCUGGCGACGCUCCCGAGAACGACGAUCUCACAACCAAUGUUGGAACAUCUCUUUAUAUUGCUGCUGAAAUUACCGACCCGUCUGUAAAGGCACAAUAUAACGAAAAAGUGGACAUGUAUUCACUUGGUAUCAUCUUUUUUGAGAUGGUAUUUCCCAUGUCUACCGAAAUGGAGCGGGUCAACACGAUCCGCGAUUUGAGAAAACCAACCAUUGAACUGCCCACAGCAUUCACGCUCAAGCGCUACAACUCUGAAAGAGAUAUUGUCGUGAGCCUACUCUCGCACGAUCCUUCUCAGCGUCCAUCAGCCGUGGAUCUUCUUGCUUCGGGCAAAAUACCUUUGGGUCCACAGGAUGCAGCUGUAAAAGAAGCAAUGCGAAGCUUGAUGAACCCUGAUUCCAACAUCAAGCAACAAGUUUUGCAGUCUCUUUUCAAUCAGCCAUUGUUGUCUGCUCAGCAGAUUUUAUAUGGACGGCAGUCUGUACUCGCGAAAGCACCCAACGGUUGCAUGGUUAGUACAAAAGCUGUUUUAUUGAGAAUGCAAGUAUUUUCAAAGUUUCGCGAAGUUUUUGAACGCCAUGGCGCUGUUGAAAGUUCAGGGUUCAGGCCUUAUCUCACGCCAAAGUCGACUCUUUACAAAACACCAACCUCAAUGGACCUUUUAGAUCGCUCAGGGAAUGUCCUACAGCUUCCUCACGACCUAACUUUGCCGCUAGCACGACGUCUAGCUGAGCAGGUUCCAGAAUACAGCAAGAGUUACACGUUUGGUCAAGUAUAUCGAGCAUCUCCGACAAGAGAUCAGCACCCAUUGGUCUACAAUGAGGUUGAUUUUGACAUCUUUGGUACCGAAGCAACUUCAGAUCUGGUUUUCAAUGAUGCAGAGAUUUUGAAAGUAAUGUCCGAUACUGCAACUGCGUUCCCUUGUUUUGACAGUGACAAGAUCAGUAUCCACAUAAAUCAUGAGGCCAUCUUGAAUGCUAUUCUUGAACAAUGUGCUGUCACGCCUCCUCAGUUCCAGGGAGCACUUACAUUGCUCGGCGAUUUGGGCCUUGGCCCCUCCAAGCCGUCUGUGCGUCGGGAACUUGCUGGCCACUCAACCCUUUUGACGACAUCUCUUGAUUUAUUAGAACAGUUUGGCUUUCGGGAACGAGUUCCUACAUUCGAACAGCGUUUAAAGAAGCUCAUUGAGAUUACUGAGCCAGUCAAGCUGGCCAUUUUGCAUCUCAAAGCCGUGGUCUCGUUAUGCCGCAAAUACGGCGUCACUUACCCGAUUUACAUUGCUCCGAUGUCUAAUUUCCAGCCAAAAUUCUACAGUCAGGGAAUUAUGUUCCAAUUGAUUUACGAGGAUUCAAAGAAAUUUAUUGUCGCUGCUGGUGGACGGUACGACUCGCUGGUCCGACAGUUCCGCCAUCAGGUAUUGGAUCGUAACACGCCACUUGCUCGCGUGGUAGGCUUUAAUUUGGCUGCGGACGUUGUUUUGAACCAGAUGGAUCAGCUCUCGGAGAGCAGACUCUCAGAAGUUGGAUGGUUGAGACCUAGGUGCCAGGUCCUGGUGACCUCGUUCUCUGACGGUAAUAUACAGGGUCUUUGUAUGGAUCUUGUGCGACUUUUAUGGGCAAGUGGUAUUUCUAGCGAUCUUGUGAGGAACUUUCAGUCUUCAGAAGAGUUGAUCAAAUAUGCUGAGAAAGAGCAUGUGAUCUUUGUGGUUGUUGUUAAGCAAUUGCACUCCUUCAGCAUGUCAAACAAGGCGUUCAAGCCAUUGCGGGUAAAGACAGUGGCUACAAAAGUUGACACUGAUCUUGCUGUUGAUGAACUACUGCCUUUUGUGCUUGCAGAGACAAACGAGCGUGUUUCAAACAACCGCAGCGACUUUUUAACGCCUGCCCCAGAGGUUGGUGGAAACGAGGACGACGCUACUGUUUCUACUCAGCAAGCUGGUAACAGGGUUGUAAUCUUGCAUGAGAGCGGACGGAUCAAGGGUGGUCGCAAGAAUAUGUGGCUUCUGGAAGAGCGUUGUCGUGAGGCGAUGCAAAACUACAUGGGCGAGUUGGCAAAUGCACCAAUUGUCACCCUUGACUUGAAGGAUGAGGUGCUACAGGCCAUCUGUACUGUUCCUGUGGGAUCACAAGAUGAGUGGAAGAGAAAAGUCGCAAGCCUCUCUCCGACGCAAAAGGCUUACAUCUUCAACGUUCAGUCCAAGUUGGCCAAUGAGGCCCAACGCAAUCCCCGCCUAAUUCUGUUCUCUACCCGGUCGGGAAACAUAUUUGUAUAUGAUACAGAUGCAUAA